UUUCGCCUCGCUCGCUGAAGUGUGUCUGUGGUCUGUCGAAUUACUAAAAACUGCGUAUUUUAAUUUAUCUCCGUUAAAAAUAAAAUAAUAAAAUAACAAAUAAACAUUUCAUAUUCUAUGCUGAAGUAAUGUACAUAUUUUGUUUACUGUUUAUUGGUGUUUAAAGUGGUUUAAUUAAUGUUACAAAGUGGUCAAGUAAUGAAUGAACUCAUAUAUACUAUUUGUUUGUUUCUGUGAUAUCUAUAAUAUUUCUGUAAUCAAACGACGCAUUCGGAAAUCAACCUCGACAAACGAAAGUGUUUUAUAAGGUUAUCAUUAGACAUGAUAGUUCACAGGUCGCGCCUCACAUUGUUGAUGUGAAAACAUAAGCAUGGGGCAACAAACAUCACGGAAGAGUGCGGAAUGCACGUGUGGAUGUGGCGCCUGGGAGCGGCGGCGGUUCGCGGAGUCACCCAGCAGUGUGCACAGAUACGUGAGCGCAGUCACAGACAGAUGGAGCGGGCGCGAAUGUUCGUGUCGGCGUCGCCGCUGGCGGCGGCCCGCCUGCGUCUGCACCGCCUACAGGAGAGUCAGCGACGCUUGCCGCGACGACAGAUUGGCUGCAGUUCUGACAUUAGGUGCCAGGGAUUUGAGGCGCGAACUCGACGCCAUUGUCCUAAAUACAGAUGGUGAUUCUUCGAGGGAAAGCAGUGAGCCGACGGCUGAGGUGUAUGUGUUAUCCGUGGCACCAAGAAACGCGGACGGGAGUCCGGCGCCGGCGCGGGAGCCGGCGCGGGCGGACGGCACCAUCCGGCUGCAUCCGCACUUCCAGGUGGUGUGCGGCGGAGAGCUGCGCGCGUUGUUGCUGCGCGCGCCCGCGCCUCCGCUCGCGGCCACCAAGGUGCACACGCAGGUGGACUAUAUCCACUGUUUAGUGCCGGACCUGCAGCAGAUCACCGCCUGCGCCUACUACUGGGGCAAGAUGGACCGCUACGAGGCUGAGAGGCUGCUGGAGAACAAACCCGAAGGCACAUUUCUGCUCCGCGACUCAGCGCAAGAGGAGCACCUGUUCUCGGUCUCGUUCCGCAAGUACUCGCGCUCGCUGCACGCGCGCAUCGAGCACUUCCAGCGCCGCUUCAGCUUCGACUCCCACGACCCCGCCGUCUUCGCCGCCGCCACCGUCACCGAGCUCAUUGAGCAUUACAAGGACCCCGCGUGCGUGAUGUUCUUCGAGCCGAUGUUGACAGCACCGCUCCCGCGCGCCCAGCCCUUCUCUCUGCAGCAGCUCAGCCGCGCCGUCCUCGUCUCCCACGUCAGCUACGACGGCGUCGAACAACUUCCGCUUCCGCCGCGCCUGCGCGCGUACCUGAAGGAGUACCACUACCGGCAGCGAGUGCGAGUGAGACGGCUAGAGCCGGACUACUCUUCACACGUCUGCUGACUGAGCCGUUGAGCGUUGGAGCCCAGGGUCCCGCUUUCCUAGUUUCUCGUCACCACUUCGCGCGGUCGUCGGCGUCCGUAUUUGUCAGACCAUUGUCACGCAUAUCAUCAUAGAAAAAAAAAAUGUCAAUACACAAUGUGCUGUUGAUCGCAGUCGAAAAUGUAAUCAAGCGACAAACGUAAUAAAUUAAAAAUUUAUUUUGGUAUUGUCGUUUUUGAUGUUUCAAGGUUGAAGGGUAAAAUUAAUAUUUAUUGUCUCGUAAAUUAAAAUCUUGCAAAUUGACAUUUUUCAUGUAAAUUUAUUUAUUUGGCACAUUCUAAAGCCUAGAUAUUUCAUUACGAAACCAGUGGCACGGAAGUAGUUAGUUAAAUUCGUCGACGUAAUUAAUUUCGUCGGCGGUGUCACGGGCGAAUGUCAAGUUUUGACGUGAAUACAGUGCGUUGUAUUCAAUAGUAAUAUGCACUAGGAAGAAUUUUUUUAUGACUUUCUACGCCACUAGUUUACUAAUGAAAAUUAAAAGAGUAUGUUAAGUUUCCUUUUAAAAUCUGAAGUGGCUCUUCAAUUAAUACGUAUAAUAUUGCGUUUUUUACGAGUCUAACAUAUAAACAAUAAAAAAUACAAUUAUUAUCUAGUUCAAACAUAAUACAUUCUAAAAUAAAACAUUAACUGCAAAAGUAAUUUCCUAAAAAGUCUAAUCCGUACUAAUAUUAUAAUUGCGAAAGUCUGUCUGUUCCGCUCUCACGGCUAAACCGCUGCACCGAUUUUAAUGGAAUUUGGUAUGCGUGUAGUUAAAAAACCAUGUGGGGGGUAAAAAUUUGUAUGAAAAUCGUGUUUGUUCCGCGUUCACAGAGAAAUUCACGCAGGUGAAGUCGCGGGCAUAGGCUAGUUAUAUUGCUGUGAAAUAAUAAAAAAACAUGGUAAGAUUGCUUAUAAUGAGACUUGUAAGAAAAAAUCGGAGUUUACAUAAAUGAAUGAAUUUGUUAAGUUUUAAAAAGGUGAAAAGAAUUUGAAGCUUAUAUUGAGCUUGAUAGAGUUUAAAUGUGUAUAACAAUGCAUUGUAUAAGUUUUUUUUACGAAUUGGUGUUUUUUUUUGUAAAUAUGAAUUUAAUUGUAUUAGAAAAUAAAUUUGAAACGCGAUUUUAUUUAGCUUUGUGACUACAUUUGAUAUUGUGAUCGAUAUAUUGUUAAAUGAAAUGGCACCUUAUGUGUCGGUGAUAAGGUUUAAAAUCAAAAGGAAUUACAAGGCUAAAUUAGACCAUUAUCGCUUGUACUAAAGAGUUGAAAUUUCCCAAAUCGCUUCAGUUUCCAUGACAAUGCAUUAUUAUGAUAAGCAUGACCUGUGCGCUUUGCUAUUUUCAUCUCACUAUCGAGUAGAUUCGCAGUGAGACGCAGCUAACCAAUCACAGUGCGCCAUUGUGACGCAACGUCAACCACACCGCAUUGUGAUUUGUUCGCUGCGUCUCACUGCGAAUCGAUUCGAUAGUUACAAGUGAAAUACAAACCCGCACUUCGUCCUCAGAUAUAUUCAGCCUCGGAUCCCAGCAACGGAUUUUUUAAAAAAUAUUUAAAGUAUGUAAUAUACCUACUUAAAUCUGUAUUAUUAAUUUUAUGUCAUUUAUUACUUUAUAUUAAUUUUAAUGUAAUAAAUUUGUUGUGUCCAGGUUUUAUGUUAGUACACUGGCCACUGAUAAAAGAAUAAAUGACAAUGUGUUCUUGGUUUAAAUAUUUUUUCACAUAUUGACAAAUGAGAUUGCCGCCGAUGGUUUUUAACAUGUAAAAUUGCGAUUUGUAUUUUGGAAAUUCAAUAUAAUUUAUUUUCAUUACCAGUACACGCUAGUUUUAAUUUAUUAUAGACAAACUAUUUGAACAGUUGUAAAGUAAUAAAUUUAAUUUUUAACACCCAAGAUAGCUGUUACUCAUAAUUAAAACGAUCCGUGUUAUUCAUAAAGAAAUUAAAAACAUACAUUAUUCUAUAGCUAUAAUGAUUUUUGUCGCUAUCAUACUUUAUAAUAUUUGAAAUUGACAAAAAGAGACAAAACGUAUUUUUUUUUAGCUUAGAGCAUAUUUUAACCUUUUUAUGAAUAACAGGUUAUAUGUAUGUUUAAUAAUGUAUGUGAAGCCAAGAGUAAGUUACAGCAUGACAUUUAUAAAUGGACUUGGUAAUUUCUCAAAAUUUUUAAUUUUCUAAAUUUUUAUAUUCAUAUUAUUAAAGGUCGAACUCACUCGAUUUUUAAAGGCCGGUAUAAAAUGUUCGCAAUUUAUUCAGUACAUGGAAUAAAAACCUACAAUUCGCAUAGAGCAAAAUAUAUUUGUAUAGAUGUAUCAAGAUUAAAUGUAUUUAAAGCUUAAACCAGUGAUCAAGCUGUGAAAAAAUCACACUUGUAAGUCAACGCGGUCAAAAUCCUAACUAAUAUUAUAAAUGUGAAAGUAAGUUUGUUUGUUACCUCUUCACGCUCUAUCCAUUCAACCAAUAUUGAAAUUUUGCAUACCUGUAUUUUGAAGUACGGAAAAGGACGGUACCUUUCAUACCCGAAAAAUAAAUCUUGCGGGCAAAGCCGCGGGCAAAAGCCAGUUUAUGAUGUUUUUGGUGCGCACAUUCCAUCAAGUUUUUUUAUGCCUUCUCAUGUUUUAACUUGUGUUCAGAAAAAAAUUACCAUAGCGCGCCAAAUUCAUUAUAUUAUCAUCUAAAGGUUAAAAUAUGAGUUCUAUGCACGUCAUGGCUAAAAGAAUAAUUUUGUUAAUGUUGUCCUAAAAUAUUUCUAUAUCUGCGGUGCAAUGGGCGUUGGUAUAGUUUGUUAUAGGUUAUAACCUAGCGAUGUGCUGAUAUGAAAUUCUCUAUUCUCGGAAACCUUGAUAAUUCCCGCAAAUUUCCAAGAGACUCCUUGGAAUUUUCACGGGAACGAUCUGAAGAAAAUUCUCCGGGAAUCCCCGAGAAUAUCUACAGACCGUUACCGUGCAUUCUCGAAAAUUAUGAGACCGGCACAUCACUAAGUUAUACCACUGAAUUUUGUAAAUAAAAUUAAUUAUAAAAUUUUAUUUUAUAUGUAUACGUUGUAACAAUUUAUAUAUUAUAUAUUUACUUGUAAUAUAGUGUAAGUAUAAGAAUGUAUAGCCCGUGAGGCGCGUACAAACAAAUAUGAGAAAUAAACAAGUAUAUUUUAAA